GGACAGUCAGCGUGAGCAAGAGAGAGAGACAGGAGCCCUGGCUGGUGCAGCUGUCCCUCGCAUUCCAGGCGUGUCGUCAGUCCACAGAUUGGAGAAUUAACUGGGACUAGGGACUGUGGGGCCAUUCCGACACUUUUCCUUCAGGCGAUAACUUAGUUUGCUUUACUCUCCUUCCUUUCGGACACUUGUGUAAUACAUAAAUCCGGCUCUGACCAGUCUUGGGCCAGAGGCCCCCAAUAUGGCGGACCAGUAUAACACCAACGAGGAGAAAAUCCUGAGGGAUAGUCACACCAAGGAGAUUGACUUGAUCAACAGGGACCCAAAGCAGAUCAAUGAAGACGUUGUGAAGGUGGAUUUUGAGGAUGUGAUAGCCGAGCCCGAUGGCACCCACAGUAUGGAUGGAGUGUGGAAGGCCAGCUACACCACCUUCACUGUCUCCAAGUACUGGUGCUACCGAGUGCUGUCCGCCAUCUUUGGCAUCCCAGUGGCGCUGCUGUGGGGCUUCUGUUUCGCAUGCAUCUCCUUCUGUCACAUUUGGGCAGUUAUGCCCUGCAUUAAGAGCUAUCUGAUCGAGACCCAGUGCCUGAGUCGAAUCUACUCUCUCUGCAUCCACACCUUCUGUGACCCCUUUUUCGAAGCUCUGGGGAAAAUUUUCAGCAGCGUACGGGUGGCAUUACGCAAAGAGGUUUAGAUUUCCUAGACAAGUCAAGGUUUACAUGUUCGGUCCUACAAAUAGCGGAUUUUGGGUAAAAGUUCCCUUAAAAUGAAAGAAAUGCACAUGUGCCCCUAUGCAUUGUUUUAUGUUCUCACUGUAUGUAAGAGGCUUUGGGAGCAAUUCAGAAUUAGGCCACCUGCUUGUUCAGAGAGACAUACUGUGAUGAUGAAAGGCCUCUCUGACUGACAAUGGAGAACAAGUCUUAUCUGAUAUCAUGGGGUUUCUAAGUUUGACAGAUUAAAAUGGGUAUGUUGCUGCGUGUGGUAUUUUUAUCAUGAUAAUGUCAGGUGUAUUCUGUACAACUACUAAUUAAACAGUUCAUUUUAAACAAUAA